UUUUUUUUUUUUUUCAAAGAAAAGCAAACAGAAUGGACGGCUAGGAUUAGAAAGAGGAGCAUCAUAAAUAGUAGUACUAGUAGUUUUCCAAAUUUACAAAAUGUUAGGAAGAAAGAAGCAAAUCUAAUUCUUAGAGACUAAGCAAAGCGUCACAUUCCCCAUUUAUUAAGGGUCAAGGGAAAGUGAUGUCGGAAUCACGCCGGUGGACGAUGCCGGAGAUGGCCGGAAUCCUCUCAAAUAAGAUCCUUAAAGAUGAAAUCAAGCCCGGAGAUCACAUCUAUUCUUGGAGAAAUGCUUAUCUUUACGCUCAUCAUGGUAUAUAUGUUGGCGAUGGUAUGGUUAUCCAUUUUACUCGAGCCGCAGGUCAAGAGAUUGGAACUGGGACAGUUUUAGACCGUUUUAUAUUCAGCUCAUCUCCUUCACAUCCCUCUGACUCCCCAUGUCCUAGAUGUGGUGAUCAAUCAAGGACCGAAGGUGUUAUCUCAUCAUGCCUCGAGUGUUUUCUUUGUGGGGGUGAACUGUAUCUUUUUAAGUAUGGUGUCUCUCCAGGGCUUUUUAUUGCCAAACCUCGAGGAGGAACAUGCACAAUUGCCCCUUCUGAUCCACCAGAGCAUGUCAUGCACCGUGCUGAAUUUCUCCUUCAGAACGGUUUUGGGGUUUACAACAUAUUCAAGAACAACUGUGAGGAUUUCGCAAUCUACUGCAAGACCGGUUUGCUAGUCUUUACAAAUGUCAGUAUAGGCCGGAGUGGGCAGGCAACAUCCUUUUUAGCUGCCACAACUGCUAUUGUUUCAUCACCACUGCGCUUUCUAACUACCGGUUUUUCUGGUCUGGCGGCUGUGGGUUAUGGUGUUUACUGUAUCAGCCGGUAUGUUUCUGAUAUUGGUGUACGUCGUGAUGUCAUGAAGAUCCCUGUUGAGAGACUUAUCAUAUGCCCUGGCCCUCUAGAGUCUGAACCAGCUGCUGCUAAUACUGAUACACCAAAGGAAAAGGGGUCGUAGUUUUAUUUAAAUUCACUGCAUUUAUAUGGAUCUCCUCAAGUAGGUUACUACAACACAGAGCAUUGUAGGUGUUGAUGCUGUCAUUGCUUUUGUGAUGUAGGUUUGGUUAUUAUUGAAAUAUUGGUUAUUUAAACAGGUGUUGUGUUCAUUCUUCCAUCAAAUGAAUGCCUUGAUGUGAUUGUAUAUUGUGUAUAACUAUGAUCUAUGGUUUCAUAUGAAAGUGUGUGUUAGUAACAA